AUGGCAUACUACCCUAGGAUUAUCUGCAACACUAAUCCUCGCCAUAAGCAUCAGCUUACCCUCUGUGAAGGUCUUCCUCCAUACAAAUGCAAUGGGUGCAAAGAAUAUGGAGCCAAUAUUGGGUAUUGCUGUAGCUCCUGCCAAAACUUCACACUGCAUGAGGUGUGUGGAGCUUAUCCAGACAUUUAUGUUCAUACUUUUUAUCCUGACCAUGAGUUUAGAUUCCGUAAAAAGACCCGUCUGAGUCACAAGUGUGAUGCAUGUGGGGAAGAUCUAAGAGGGUUUGUUUAUGAAGCGCCUACGGGUAAUUUAUUGAAGCCUUUGAGGUUUCAUCCUCUCUGUAUUGCGCUCCCCACUUCUCUUAACUAUGGGGGGCACAAAGAACAUCCUCUCAGGCUUAUAAUGGAUACAGGGGGGAUAUUCAGUUGCAGCAGAUGCAAUGAGAAUAAAUCUGGGUGGAGUUAUAGAUGUGAUGACAUGGCGUGUAGGCUUCGAGUGGAUUUGAACUGUGUUAAGGUCGAUAAUCAUGCUCUUUCUAAUCAUGGUAUUGCAAGCAUGAACCAUGGCAGCUUCAAAAGAUAA